GUUCAGCGUUCUGACGAAUAUCGCAAACACAGCCAAUUCGUUUAAAAACAGACGGGUGAAAUUUCUAAGAAAGUGUUUAUAUGUACUAAAACGUGUUGUGAAAUAAAUAGCACAAAUUCAAUAUUAUCCCUUUGUUGACAUGUCUUUCUAAUCAAAUGAAAUAUCAAAUGAGUUUUAAAAAUUAAUUAAAAUAGUUCAAUAUUCUGAUAUUGCGCUUUUUAAGUAUCUGUGCUUUGCAAAGUAAAAAACAAGAAACAAAAUUAUAAUAAUAAAUAUGUAAUUAAAAAAUAGCCAAUUAUUUCAUCGAAGCCAACCAAUAAAUAACGCUAGCAUACUUGAGAGAUAAUCUUUUGAGCUGAAAACCUACUGAUUUCACAUAUUAAAAUACUCGACAUUCACGAAAUAAUAUCUUUGUAACGUCUUAAGACACAAUCACCGAAUUAUAAUUGUUCUCCAUAUUACAGUUCUUUUGAGUAAUCGUACAUGAAAGAACUAACAACAUAUAUGAGGAAAGCGAAAUGAAGUUAUUUUUGAUUCUAUUUGUUUUGAAUAUGACAAUUCAACUGAACAACGUACACUGGGCCGAAGGCACAAAUAUGCUUCUCGAACCGGCGAUAAUGUGUAAAAAAGCACGUCGCCUCCGCGGCAAACUGGCAGAGAUAUGCCGGCACGAUUCUGCCCUUUUAAAAGAGAUCAUCAUCGGUGUAAAUCUGGGCUUCCGAGAAUGUGAAUUUCAGCUGAGAAAUCAUCGUUGGAAUUGUACCACUCAACGCAGAAGUAUGAGGAAAAUAUUAAUGAGAGAUACUCGGGAAACUGGUUUUAUUAAUGCAAUUACUUCAGCUGGAGUAACAUAUUCCGUUACCAAAGCAUGUUCCAUGGGCAAAGUGAUCGAAUGCGCGUGUGAUAAAAGUCAUUUGCUUCAAAUGAAUGGACGUCAAUCUGUGGCAAUGCAAAUUCAUCAAAAACCUAUAGUGUCCGGGUGUAACAACAACUGUAGACAUCAAAAUUCAGAAACGCGGAAGCGUAAAAUGUUACGAAAAAUUACAUUACCGGAAGGAGAAUGGGAAUGGGGAGGUUGCAGCGACAAUAUACAUUUUGGUUUUGCGAAAUCCCGCCAAUUUCUUGACUCGAAAUAUCGUCACCGCAGAGACCUCAGAACACUGGUCAAACUACAUAAUAACGCUGCAGGGCGCUUAACUCUUCGAGAAUCGAUGCGGGUUGAGUGCAAAUGUCAUGGACUUUCGGGCUCUUGCACAAUGCGAACCUGUUGGCUCAAAAUGCCUCCAUUUCGAGAAGUAGCCGAAAAGCUUCGUAGGACAUUCGAUACCGCUUUUAAAGUAAUUCUGCGUAAUGAUGGCAAUAGUUUUAUCCCUGAUGGCAACAUAAAGAAUCACUUUACGAAAUACCAUCUCGUUUACUCAGAUGACUCUUUGAACUUUUGUGUACCAAAUGCAACAUUCGGAGUCGUUGGGACUCAAGAACGUGAAUGCAAUGCAACUUCUAUUGGACUAGAUGGAUGUGAAUCGCUCUGUUGCAGUCGAGGUUAUAAGCGUCGCAUUAUAUCAGAUUGGGUUAACUGUAAAUGUAUUUUUAAAUGGUGUUGUGAAGUAACCUGCGAAAAAUGCUUGGAACAAAGAAUAUCAAACACAUGCUUAUAACAACAAUUAUUUAGCCAAAAUCUAUUAAGUUUAUAUACGUACAUAUCUUCAGCCAAAUUCACAUGACAAAUGAUUGCUUGCCUUUUGUAAUAAUAUAUUAUAAUAAAUGUUUUUUUAUAAUUUUGAGAGUGUCAGUUAUAUUUAUCAAGUUCAUUUUACGGGCAUCCAGGAACAUUUGUGGUGUUUUUACAUUUAUUUUUACAAUUAUUUUGAUGAUCUCUCCAUAACCUAUUCUAUUAAAUAAUUUUUGAAAGCGAAAGUGACAUGGAUAUCAAAAUUUUAAAUUAGAAAAGGAAAGAAUUUUUUGCAAUGUUUAGGAACUUGAGAAUGUAAAUUACUUCUGUUAUUAUUAAAAUUUGUUAUGUGAUACAUUUCAGGUCUAUAUUUUGAAAUUCAGAUACAAAUCUAAAAAAUUAAUUUCAGCAAUUUUUGUGUAAAUAAAAGCGAAAUUUUAAAUUAAAAUCAACUUCAUAUGCUAUUAUUAUUAAUAUUAAUUCUUGAUCCAAAAUUAAAAGCAUUUUUAUAACAAA